AGAAGCAAAUAGCCUUACCGUGGCAUUCUAGUCUUCACGCGACACCCUAGUUUACAAUAUGCAAAAAUUGCUCCCUCCUUCGUCAUAUGAAUCACUUCUACAUUUGAAUCAAUUUCUCGAAAAUUGUAACGGAAUCGAAUCGUUUGCCAAGUUUACCAGAAAGUGGCCACUAUAAGAUGAACGAUAAGAAAACUGAGAACCUGGGAAAGACCAAGUCAGGAAAGCAAAUUAUGAAACCUGGAUACGAUAAGAAAGAAGGUCUUGGUAUGGAUCAAAAGGAAAUUGUUGGAGAUGACAAGAAAGACAAGGAGGCUCGAAAAAGGGAGAGAAAGUUACAAGAUGAGUUUGCUGAAUUGAAGAAGGACGAAGAAAAGGACAAAGAAGAGGCGGAAAAAGAAAAGAAUGAAAAGGAAAAGAAAGAGGAAGAGAAGAAAGAAGACGGACAUGAAAAGAAAGAAGACAAGAAAGAGGAUAAGAAAGAGAAUGAGAAUGAUGAGAAAAAGGAAAAAAGUAAGGAUGACAAGAAAGAAGAAAGCAAAGAGGAUAAAAAGGAAAAGACAAAAACCGAGGAUAAUGAGGGAAAGAAUGAGGAGAAGAAAAAAGAAAAGAAAGAAGAAAAGAAAGAUGAAAAGGAGAAAAAGGAGAAGACAGAGGAUGAUAAAGAGAAAGAAAAGGAGAAGACGAAAGAAGAGAAAGUCAAAGAAGAUCCGAAGAAGGAUGAUAAAAGUGGUGUGGAUACUAUCAAGAAAGAAGGAUCAACUGCGCCAGCAUCAACUGCUUUGGUCCCACCUCCUCCACGUCAGAAUAUUCCGCCUCCAACACCACGUCGUCCGCCUCCAAAAAAGAAGAACGCGUGUUGCGUCGUGCUUUGAUGGCAACUCGUAUAAUAGUACUGUCCGGGGUCUAAUGAAGAGUUUUAAUUUGUAAAA